AUGCGCCUUCAUUUAGCUCCCCGAUUGCCUUUUAGUUCUCGCCUUACUGCUGAUUCAUUGUCAUUUUUAAUCGGGCUUCCUAUUAUCUUUUUAUUCGUAGGUGCUGACUACGACUCUGGAGCUCAGGAUCUGAGUAGCGAACCGCAAAAUUUGCAUCAGUUGAUGCAGUGUGCCUUCCCUGAAGUUUAUAGUCUUGUAUAUCCGUUUCCUGCAGUAGGACUUAUGAGGCCGCCCUCUUCAGCUAGUUUUACUACCACGGCUGCAUCAAUGGCGAUCGCCUCUGCCAGUCCAGUUUCACCCGCCCCCUCAGUUGGACAAUUGCCCCUCUCCUGUUCCCCUUCACCAGGCAUUCCCACAUCGUUACAAAGUGGUCAUGUACGGCCUCUUAAUCACUUGCAUCUCUCAUCUCUGUUGCAUCCUCCGCCACCCUCUGGCCAGAUGCAACCACAAUUACAGCCGCCUUCUGCUUAUUCAGCCGUCUUUGGAUCGUCAUAUAGCAGUAGUGGACAUAGCAGUGGAAGCAACAUAGCCUCAGCUACUAUCGCACCAGUAGCUACAUGUUCUCCUUUGGCUUCAUCAACUGAUGCAUUUUACACUAGUCGGCUUGCCUCUGGAUCACUUGAGUCCUCUGCUAUGGCUUGGGCUUCUGGAACUUGUAAUACUUCCACGAGUGGAUACGGAUCAGCCUUUAUUCAAGUACCCUCUAUGCCUGGGACGAAUCUAGCUGGAUUUAAUUGGCCAAAUUUAAGACUUCUUUUGUCGCAAAUACUCGAUGGUGCUAACAUGCUUCAUGUGCAAAGUAUCAAUCGUCUUAGGACUGAGUUAAACGAUCUUACGCAUCAACUUCAAGCAAUGCAGGUAAAUUGA